AUGGCUCUGGCAUGGGCACGCAUGGCGCGGCAGGGCGCAGCGGUGAUGGCGGCGGUGGCGGCAAGCAGCAGGCGGGGCUGGGCGCGGGCGGCGGGCGGGGGAGCGGCCCGGGCGCGUCGAACAGAGUGCUCGCGGUGCGGACUGCCGUCGCCAGGCCCGGUGGCGGUCGCCGGGAUUGCCCCAGCGGUGCCAUCGCUAGCGCUUGGGGGGUUGGACACCGCCAUGGAGCUGGCUGGUGUACCCGAGUGCCGUGCCGUCCACGGAGUGGGCGCUGGCUCUGCCGGCGCAGAGUACAACCUGUUCUGCCUCCGCGAGUGGCUGCCGGCCCUGCCCAAGCUGUGCGUCGAGCUGGCGGCUGAUGGCAGCGUGGCGAAUCGUGCUGGCGCGUACACUGCGCCGGAGCUCAAGCUGGUCACCCUCUCGGACUCGCGGUGGGUAAUGGCUGGCGAGGCUCUCCCGAAGCUGCUGGCCGAUGCCGGCGCCGCCGACACGGCCGCGGUCCCCGACGACGCGCUGCGGGUGGCGGCAGAGGUUAACGACGGCGCGCCGGCCGCGCACGGGAGCUUCACCUGGCACGAGUGA